GAGCUGAGGACGGGCCGUCACUCCUGCACAGACUGCACUGCCGUGAACCUCUGAGACCCAUCCUCUCCUUUACACUCACAGCUCUCAGGGUUUUUUUUCUCUUGUAAUUCUUGUGCUGGGACUGAGCCCAACACCUUCAGGCUGAACCUGUUCAUCUGCACUUUAAAAGUGGAGUCUUUUGCACAGCACAGUCAGGCAGCAUGCCAGCAGUUUUCAUCUUGCUGCGGUCGCUGGUUAUCAGGCUGCUCAGUAGCAGACUGGCAGGCUCACUGGCUCAGUUCCUCCGGAGAAGCCUCUCCACGGGCGCCGCACACCUCGGGACCGCGCUGCGCCACAUCUGGGACCGAGUUCGAUCCCAGGAGUCGAAGGAGGCUGUCCUGGGCUGCGUGCUGUGCGUCCUCAACAUGCACAAGAAGGUGGAGAACUGAGCUCAGCUCCUCAUUCUCUGCUCAACCGGACAACUGUUGAGUGAGGAGAGAGUCUACCAAGGGAUGUGACAGACUUUUUUCAGACUUUCUUUGGACUCAAGUGAUUUUUCUUCUUCCUUUUUUUUUUAUUUUUAACUGGGGUUCUUGUC